GGGCUAUGAGACCUCGUCCCUCAUUGGCAUAAGAUCACUCUCCCUGUGUCUGUACCCGUCUCUAUCCGUUCAGCUUACCAAACUCUUAGGAUUCUUUUUUUCUUUUCUUGUGGAUUUAGUCUCGAAACUUAAACAUGGCCAGCAGAAAAGCAAAGUCCGGUGGAAAGCAAAAGAAACGUGCUCAACGUGCAACAAGUAACGUGUUUGCUAUGUUUGACCAGGCACAGAUCCAGGAGUUCAAGGAGGCGUUCACGUUAAUCGAUCAAAACAGAGACGGGUUUAUUGACAGGGAAGACUUACACGAUAUGUUCGCCUCUAUGGGUAAGGACCCGGAAAAUAAAGUGCUGGAUGAAAUGGUGGGUGAAGCACCAGGUCCUAUCAACUUUACCAUGUUUCUGACGUUAUUUGGUGAAAAAUUAAACGGUACGGAUCCCGAAGAAACCAUAAAAAAUGCUUUCAAAACACUAGACGACAAUGGAUCGGGAUUGAUAAACGAAGACGAUCUUGUAGAUGCUCUUUGUAUGAGAGGGGACCGACUGACAAAAGACGAGUUCGAACAAAUGUGUUAUGGCGCUCCAAUCGACGACCGUGGAGAUUUGGACUACAUCGCAUUCUGUCGUAUCAUCAAACACGGAACCAAAGAUGAAGAAUUAGUGAAAAAAUCUGGUUAGAUAGUUUGAAAUCUUUUCACAACUUUCCAGAAUGGCUAGAAGUUCUCUCCAUCACACCAAUGCCUACAACACUUGAAGCCAUCUUGGAUUGUCGGCCUCGCUAUAUUAUAUCUCCAACAAAAAAACCUUUCAAUGAAUAAUAUAUGCACCCAAUCAAUAAAUCGACCGAUAAAUCGAUAUACCUAUCAUUUCAUUUUACUUUCGUUGUCUCUCUCUAUUUGGUUGGAGCCUAUAGAUUCCAGCGAAUUUCCAUAAUCAUUUGUUGCCACGAAUAAAAUAAAAUUACAAAAAAUAUGAUACUACUUCACAGCUAUUUUAUUUUUUAGUGAGAGAAUGCCGAAAACUGACACACAAAACCAAAAGAGGAUUUUCCAUCUGUACAUUAUGUUUUAAUAUAAAAAAAUACCCAUGUUUGCUUCUUAUUAUCAUUUUAUGCCCCCCCCCAAAAAAUAUAUGUAAAUUAUUGUGUUUAGUUUACUUAGAAAUUUACAUACUUUUAGGGAUAGUGUGUGUUUUUUAUCUCAGAAUGUGUUGUAUUUUUUACACUGAUUUGACUGGUGGUGCAUACGAGUAAUUUUUUUUUGUAACCAAAUUUCGUGGGAAACAGAAUAUAUCGACAGUCUUGUGUCAUCCCAGAAUAAAACGACCGUUCAUGGUGUCAUGCUGGACCCCUGGCCAGUCUGACGUCAUCUUGCUAGUUCAAGCUGAUGAUGGACCGGUCACGGAUCUAGCGUUCCAUAUUUAAAAUAAAAAACGAUUGACUCUAGACAUAUUCCCGCUUCUGUUGUCUGUUCUAGGGAUAUCUUCGCGAAAAGUCCUGUGAAUAAAAACAAAAUAAAUGUGUUGCUCAAUGCGUGAGGGCCAUUAUGCCUAGUUUAUUGCUUUGAGAUAUCUGUUAACUUGUACAUACGUUUGAAAUAGAUUCAUUUAGUUGAAAUCAUCGUAUUUAUAGAUAUCAGGAGGCAGUAUCUAGCCUUUCAUAUUAACGAAUCUUCCUAAUUUGUUUCUGUUAUGAUGUCAAAGACCAAUGACCUUACAAGUGCAGCUCAAUGUCAAUUAACAAUAAAAUGGCACCAUAAUGGCCGAA